AUGACUUUUUCAAGAGAUCAGUGCUCGGAUCCACUACUCAACAACUGCACCGGCCCUUUUGCAAGAUGCAUAGAUUUGGACUUCGGCUUCAAAUGUGGUUGUCAAGAGCCAUAUGAAUGGAAUACGAAAGCGUGGACUUGUGUUUGGAAAAUGUAUCCAUUUGGAAUCGUGGCUAGUGCGUCAGCCAUAACAGGCGAUGACGUCACAGUGAAACUGGAUGUUAGCGCGGGAAUUCCAUUUUACAGAAGAAAACAUACUAGGAUCUUUAUUGGCAGCAAUGGAGUUGUGAGUUUUGGGAGGAGGUACAACCCUAUAGUAAUGGAGUUCCCUCCUGACAGACGCAUUGUGUUGUGUCCCUACUGCGCUGACGUUGACGUCACAGUGACAAACACUGGAAGCAUCACUUACCGUCUGUACGACAAGAAUGACGCUAACAACGACGCACAGGUCGGACAAGUUCUACAAAGAGCCAGUCGUGACGUCGAAACGUACACAAGAGCCGCAAGAUUCGCUGCGUCACAGGUUCUCAUUGUGACGUGGUACAAGGUUCCAAAGUAUGGAUCCGAUUUUCCCGAGCUAGAUUAUGUGACGUUUCAACUUGUGUUGGUCACUGACGGAGAAACGACAUACGCGAUGUACAUUUACAACGAGAUGAACUGGAUUCCAGAUUGGGACCCGAUUGUGAUCGGGUAUGGAGAGAACUGGAAUUCAAGAACCGUGUCUGUGUCAGGAACUAGAGGAGCCUACGGACGACGAAACAUUGGUGGAAGUGGAGGUCAAAGUGGAUUUUAUAUUUUCCGUGUCGGCUUCGUGGAGAGCUAUGCUCAGAAGUGCAGGAACUGGUUUGCAGGCCAAGUAUUGGAUUAUUACACCAACCGGUUCUAUUACGACGACUUGCCGGAUUGCCCGUGCACUGUUAGAAGAUUACGUUUUGAUCGGCGUUGGAGAAGAAUUUGGGGUGUUACGAGAAACAGACUUCGGUGUACAACACUUAACCUCAAUUGGAACUUUUAUCCCAUGGGAAAGAUGUGUUGUUACCGCAAUGGGAUUUUUGUGGAGAAUGGAGUCAAUGCAGGGUAUGCAUUCCGCUAUCACCAAUGGUACAGCUGGGCCGAGCACUAUGUAUCGGACACGUUGGGGAAAAACUAUUGUUGUGACAGGUCCAACUUCUGUCCACUGUUCCACACCAUACGACCGGCGGGACAAUGUUCGAGAACGUCCGUGUUUCGACAAGGAGGUGGAUUUGGUGAUCCGCACGUGGCUACUCUGGAUGGAAAAACAUUUAUCUUUAACGGCCAUGGGGAGUACAUCUUGAUUAACAUAGCAGAAGUUAACAUGACCUUUGACCUCCAGGCACGGACAGGCCAGGCGGUAACGGCUAAUGGGACAGCUACCAGCGCCACCAUCUUCACAGCCUUUGCUGCCAGAGAGAACAACCAAACCAAGUUCCACGUGGAACUAUCUCCUGAUAAAUCCAGAAUGUAUGUGUUUGGUAAUGACGAAACUGGCGCAUUCAAGGACUACACCACGUUAUUUGAGGACAACAAUCCUGAAGAUGAAAAUUCUUACAUCACAGAUCCAACUCUGACAACACUGACGAUAUCAAAGGGAACCGAGGGAGAGAUAAUUGUGAUGUUUCCUUCGGGAAACUCAUUCACUGUUAAGAAAGGACCUAAGCUAUUGACUAUCGAUGCGUCUAUACACACGAAAUACCAAACAAAAACGAAAGGCCUGCUUGGCAAUUUUGAUGGCAAUAAGGACAAUGAUCUCAUCUUCCCAAAUGGAACGACUCUGAAGAAUGACGCCAGCGAGGAGGAGAUAUUUCACUAUGGACAGACAUGGAUGCUAUCGCCAGAUAAGUCGGUCCUUCGGUAUCCACCCAGAGAGAAUGCCGACAACUACAACUUCCGAAACUUCACACCAAUGUUCCUGGACCAAGCAGAUCCAGCUUUGAGAGCUGAGGCAGUGACAGUGUGCGGUGGAGAAGCAAACAUAGCCUGUGUGUUCGACUUCGUAGCCACUGGCAACCAAGAGGUCGCUGAUGCAACGAAAGUUCAGAAUACCGAGACAGAGGCAACCCAAGCUGAACUUGCCAAUUCCGUACCUGGAAUUAACGCCAAUAGUAGUACGCAGAGUGUUGACGUUAUUCAAAAUGCAAAUGCAGUAGAUUUCAAAGUGUUUGGCUUUGACGCAGACAAUGAUCCACUUACUUACCAGUUCCUAGGAGAAGUUCCUACUAGUGUAACACUGACCUUUGACAACAACACUGGACAGGGUUCCAUCAAGGCUACAAGUACAGAGGCUGUUAGUCUAAGGUUCGCUGUCAUUGACAACAAAGAAGCCUCUUCGUCGAUUUACCAAAUUAAUACUCGAGUCUGCGACAGCUGCAGUGGUCACGGGGCGUGUCUCUUUAACGAAUCGCGCGCCAGUGUGGACACUGUUGAGACUAACGACGCGUUCAUUAUAGCCUCAUGUCAAUGUAAUCGAGGUUGGACAGGUGACAAUUGCUCAUUGGACUAUGAUGCAUGUGAAGACAAACCAUGCAUACCUGGACAGAACUGUACUGACCUAACUCCAGACCAAGAGACUGAAGCUAACGGAGGAUACAACUGUUCAGCGUGUCCUACUGGGUUUCAAGUGAGACAAGGAAAAUGUGCAGAUAUCAACGAAUGUAACGGAACAACGCAUGGCUGUGACCAGGUGUGUGAGAACGCUCCAGGACGUUACACGUGCUCAUGUCGACCAGGUUACAGAAAAGAUGAAAAGAUGUGUCACGAUAUUGAUGAAUGUGAGACGGGGACUAACGAAUGUGAACAGACGUGUACCAACACUGACGGAUCCUACAACUGUUCUUGUAUCUUUGGAUCUGUCUUGAAAGAUGAUAAUAAGACCUGCAGACAGACACUUUCUGACUGUGAAGUGAAGACAGGGGGUAACUGUUCCUAUUCCUGCUCUAACGAAACAGGUUCUUUCGUCUGUAUCUGUGCAAAUGGAUAUGAACUAAAGGCUGAUAAUGUCAGCUGUCAAAAUAUCGACGAAUGCCAGCUGAACAUAUGCACUCAGAAAUGUACUGACACUGAUGGAAGUUUUACUUGCUCCUGUUUUGAUGGAUUCCAACUGGCUGAUGACAAACGUUCAUGCCAGGAUUGCCCUGAGCUGACAUAUGGUGCUAACUGCGACUCCAUGUGUGACUGCGGUGACAGGGCAAGCCGCUGUGACAGUCGUUCUGGCUGUGUCUGUAAUGACGGGUGGCGGGGGACGAAGUGUGACGUCAACAUCAACGAAUGUCAGGAGAACCCCAACAUCUGCGGGGACGGUAUGUUGUGUGAGGAUACAGAUGGAUCUUACGUUUGUAACUGUCCUACAGGAUACACCAAACUAGAAAACAACACGUGUGCGGACAUUAACGAGUGUGAAACCGAUGCUAACAAAUGUGUUCAGAUAUGUACUAACGUACCUGGGUCAUAUUCCUGCUCUUGUCGACCUGGUUUCAAGGGAGAUAACUGCACAGACGUGGAUGAAUGUGCAGCCGACCAACACGACUGUGAACAGCGUUGUGUCAACGUCGUGGGCAGCUACAACUGUGACUGCAUGUUUGGAUACACCCUCAAGGCUGAUCGAAGAAUGUGUGAAAAGGUGAAAGACGUGUGUCAGUCUUACGGGAAUCUCAACUGUAGUCAGGGUUGUUCAGUUAAAGAAGACUCGGAAGAGGCGUUCUGUUUCUGCAAUACGGGAUACAGACUGGCGUCAGACAGCCAGACAUGUCUGGAUAUCGACGAGUGCACUACCACGGACGAAUCAUUGAAAGAGAAGUGCAGUCACACGUGCAUCAACAAGGACGCUGGGUAUGACUGUUCUUGUCCCACUGGAUACAAGCUGGAAAAUGAUCAUCUCACCUGUAAAGAAUGCGAUUCCUCACAUUGGGGAGAUAACUGCGUCAACACGUGUGCGUGUGGAAUCGGCGCGUCAGGCUGUGACAAGACGACUGGGUGUGUCUGUAAGUCUGGUUGGCGAGGCGUCCACUGUGAGGAGGAUAUCGACGAGUGUGGUGGUGACGUCACGUGUCCUGCAAACUCCAACUGCGUCAACUCUCCGGGUUCGUACGCCUGCAAGUGUUCUGGUGGAUACAGGAUGAACAACGUCUCCACCUCAUGUGAGAAUAUUGACGAGUGUACAGAAAAAUCCCACAACUGUGACCAGAAAUGUGAGGACAAACCAGGAACAUUUCUGUGUUCAUGUUACCAGGGAUUUGUGUGGAGCGAACAGAACCAAAGAUGUCAAGAUAUUGACGAGUGUGCCACACAGAAGGAUGGAUGUGAACAUCUCUGUAUCAACACUAUUGGUGGCUACGAUUGCUCAUGUCGUCCUGGCUUUAAACUGAAGAACGAUGAUAAGAAAAGCUGUAUAGUGACAACUCUGUGCCAGAUUUUAACUGACUGUGAUAGUACAAAUGGAGGAUGCCAAAGUGAUGGAAUGGAUGAGAAGUGUUUCUGUAACAAGGGCUAUAUCUUAAAUGCUGAUAACAAAACAUGUGAUGAUAUCCAAGAGUGCACAGAACUUCGUCCCUGCAGUGAUAACGGAACAUGUACUGAACAGCCUGGGUCCUACAGUUGUAGCUGCAGUGAUGGGUUCAAACUACAGAGUGAUCAAGUCACUUGUCUAGAAUGUGCUGAAGGAACCUAUGGAAUGAAUUGUGCAAAUAAUUGCACAUGUUCGGUCACAAACACAGAAUCCUGCAACAAAGUCAGUGGCACAUGCACGUGUAAGAGUGGAUGGAAUGGAACAACCUGUGAAACAGACGUCGAUGAAUGUAGCUCUGGUGCUGUUGACUGUGGAUCGAAUUCACGGUGUCGCAAUUUGAAUGGAUCGUAUGCGUGUGAUUGUAAUGCAGGAUACUUCCGAUCAGCUGAUGUUUGUAAAGUGUGCGAUGAGAAACAUUGGGGUUUAAACUGCGCCAACAGCUGCACGUGCACUAUCAACUCAGUCAACUGUAGCGCUACAGACGGCGCCUGUACCUGCAAGGAUGGCUGGAAAGGAACAGAUUGUGGGACAGAUAUUGACGAAUGCAAACUUAAUUCUACAAUCUGUAGUGGUGUUCCUGACUCAGUCUGUAAGAACACAGAUGGGACAUAUAUAUGUGACUGCAAGUCUGGCUACAAGAAAACUAAAAAUGGAACAUGUCAAGAUAUUAAUGAAUGUUUGGAAACGACUGACAUCUGCACCAGUCCUAUGGUGUGUAGCAACAUAAUCGGCAGCUUUAGAUGCAGCUGUGCAGCUGGCUACUCAUUAAAUGGAAAUACCUGUACUGAUGACAACGAAUGCCAGACUGGCCUUCACGGAUGCGAGCAACAGUGCUCGAAUACUCCUGGCAGUUACCAAUGCUAUUGUUCAGCUGGUUUUGUCAUAAACUCCAAAGAUUCCACGAAGUGCGAUGAAAUAAAGAAGUUUAAGGCAGUUGUGAAAUUGGAUUACACAUUGAAAGAUACCAAUCCAAACUCGGCUCAGUACAAGGAAGACGUAAAGAUGAUAAAGGACACUCUCACUGCUUUCUUCAGAAAGGUUAUUAUUGGAUUCUACGCUGUGAUUAUUCACAGUCUAAAACCAGGCAGUACAGUUGCGGCCUACUCAGUGAUCAUAAACAGCGUCGAGCAGAAAGAUCCUGCAGGAUCGUUCACCAAGGCCCUUCUGAAUAUAUCAUCAGAAGGAAAAAUCACUGGAAGUCCUUCACAGUUCUGUCUCAGCAGAUUGGGAACACAGACAUUACCAGUGACACAACACCAUGUUCUUUACUACGAGAUCUCGGCGAGUGUCCAGCUGAACAGAGCUGUGAAGUUGUGGAUGGAGUUCCAAAAUGUACCAUAGGACAAACACAAGGUACUGGUACUACAAGUAAAUCAAAGUGUUAUAAGAAAACCUUAAGAGUAACACUAAACGCAUUGAUUAAGGAUUAAAUUGCUAUCAAACUCAUGUACAUUAUUGUAAGCACAAGGAAAACAUGUUUAAAAUUGUGACAGUACACAUUGUUGCAGUAAAAUCUAGGA